UCAGCCCAUGAUAUCUCGCCGUAGCAAAGAAGUCUCGUAUUCCUUGCCUACGGAGCUGCAGAGCUUCUAUCUUCACUUGGAUUAGUAGGAAUCGUUAUGAAAAUGGCUAACCUUUUGGCAGAUGGAGAACUGAAUGCCAAUCUUACAGAGCGCUUCCGCAGCAUGCCCUUCAACGCCUCCAGGAAUGUCUCUGUUCCGCACGAUGAUAUCCCCAUGUCUGAACCAUUCCGCGCCAACAACGACAUCCGAGAGUACUUCGAACUAGCUAAGAAACCUGUCACUGGAGGGGCAUGGCUGCAUAUGCCAGAGAUCCCGAACCCUUCGGAGGUUCUGUGCGAAAAAUCCGAAUCUAAGAACGACGAGGCGCUCAUUGAGGUUGACGAGAGAAUUCGUCCACACAAGCCCAAAGGUGCAUACGACGACAAUGAAGACUAUUUGAGGACCAAGUACGAGCUUCUACGUGAAGAUGCUGUUCGACCGCUCCGUGAAGCUAUCGACGAGGUUCGUGCCGAUCCGUUCAAGAAUGAAGCAGAGUACAGGAAUCAGAGCAUCGGAGUCUACGAUCCAGUUUAUAUCACGUCACUCGUAUUUUCGCCGCGAGGCUUAGCAACGCGGGUCGCCUUCUCCCUCGGCCGGGUCAAGAAGUACAUCCGAUGGGAGCAGUCGAAGAGGCUGAUCACUGGCACUCUUGUUGCCUUAUCCCCUACCGAUGAUGCAUUCCAGACCCAAUGUGUGCUCGCUAUAGUUGCGGCUCGUCCUCUCUCCGCACUAGAGCAGAACCCACCUGAGAUUGAUCUCUUCUUCGCGCGUCCAGAGGACCAGGAAAUAGAUCCUAUGCGCAAGUGGAUUAUGGUAGAGUGUCGAAGCAGCUUUUUCGAAGCAUCUAAACAUACACUGCUCGCUCUCCAACACUUGAUGAGGGAGCCAUUUCCGAUGUCCAAGUACCUGGUCCACGUCCAGAAAGAGGUAGACCCUCCGGCCUACAUCAAACAUAACCCUUACGUCAAUCUGAGCUCACUCGUAAGUAUCGAGGAGGGUAGAGAUUACGAGAAUGUGAAUAUACUGGAGGAUUGGCCCACAAAUUCCUCGCACUCGCUCGACAACUCUCAGAGCAGGGCAUUGAAGCGUAUACUAACAAGCGAAUUGGCCAUUAUACAAGGACCUCCAGGAACGGGAAAGACGUUUGUGUCUGUUGUCGCGCUCCAAAUUGCCUGCAACAAUUUGCGCAAAGAGGAUGCGCCUAUCAUUGUUACAGCUCAGACCAACCACGCUCUUGAUCAAUUGCUCCGCCAUACGUCACAAUUUGAACCCAAUUACAUUCGCUUGGGAGGCAGAAGCAAGGACAAGGAAAUCAAGAAACGAACUUUAUUCGAAGUUCGCUCAGAACUACCUCGACAAAAGCAGCCUGGCAGUCAGAAGGCGCAAGCCACUAUUGCGAUAAGGAAGUUGACUACUCAGCUUCAGGUUCUGCUUGCGCCUCUUGAAGUCAACAAGGUGCCGCUUGAUCACAAGCUCCUACGAAGUCUUGGACUGAUCACCCGGGAUCAAGCCGAAUCACUGGAGAUGGAAUCGCAAUGCACGAUGGGGGUUUCACCCUCUGAUAGUCCAGGGAUUCUAAUGGAACAGUGGCUGGGUAGAUGUCUCGCUCCAUGUGAUCGGCCAAUCGGUCCAGAACAGUUCGACUGGGGAUAUGAAGAAGACGACUUCGAGGUCGAACAACUGAAAGAGCUUGAGGCUGAAGCCGUGGCUCAGGAUGACGAUGAUAUUGAGGCAUUACCCGGACCACUGAUCCAACUCAGUGACAACUGGAAGGGUACAGGAAAUCUGCUGAGCAACGCCGACAUCCAAGAUAUCUUACGAAAAACGAAUGACUUGACGACAAUUCGUGUCGCCGAUCGCGGUACGAUCUACAACUACUUCAAACGCGAAGCCAAGAAACUCAUUGUUAUCGAAAUUCGCAGGCUCGCGAAACUUUAUCAAGAAGCAGUUGUACAGCGCAAGGUGGGUAUGUGGGAAGAAGAUGUACGUGUUCUCAGCAAGGCACGCAUCAUCGGCUGCACAACGACCGGUCUCGCAAAGUAUCGUGCUCUACUCUGCGCUCUCCGAACUCGGAUUUGUGUUGUAGAAGAAGCAGCAGAAACACUCGAGGCUCCUGUCACCGCUGCUUGUUUCCCUAGUCUCGAGCACCUCGUCUUGGUCGGUGAUCACCAACAGCUGCGCCCUCACACCCAGGUGCGUGCCUUUGAAGACAAACCAUACUUCCUGAACUUGUCACUCUUCGAGCGUUUAGUCUGUAAUGACGUCGCCUUCGAUACGCUUACCCGACAACGUCGUAUGAUACCUGAGAUACGACGACUGUUAUAUCCCAUCUACCAGGAUACACUCAAGGACCACAAGAGCGUAAAGGAUCUUAGUAACCGCCCGCCAGUCGAAGGCAUGGGUGGAAACAACAGUUUCUUCUUUUGUCACGACUGGCAAGAGACCCGCGAUACUUACAUGUCGGCGCUGAACCCAAUGGAAGCACAUAUGAUAGUCCAAUUUUUCGACUACUUGGUUCUGAACGGUGUCGAUGCUACCAAGAUUACGGUAUUGACCUUCUACAACGGUCAGCGCAAGGAGAUCAUGCGGAGGCUCCGGGCGCAUCCGAAUCUAUGUGGCGGAGUGCACGAUAUCCAGGUAGUAACCGUGGACAGCUACCAAGGCGAGGAGAACGAUAUCGUCCUACUUUCUUUGGUACGAUCAAACCACAAACAUUCCAUUGGGUUCCUGAACUCCGAGAACCGCGCCUGUGUCGCCCUUUCCCGAGCCAAACGAGGCUUCUACAUCUUCGGAAAUGCAGAGCUUCUUGCGUGCGAAAGCGGUACUUGGGCUUCAGUCAUUGAGAUAAUGUGGAGGAAUAAGAAGGUCAGGGUGACGACAGGCCAAGAGCGGCGGAUAGGUUAUCAGUUCCCGCUCGAAUGCAGCAACCAUGGACGCAAGAUAUGGUGCGAAGUGCCCGAAGACUUCGAACUUAUCAAGGGUGGAUGUGACAUCAAGUGCCAAGGGUCGUUGCCAUGCGGACAUCGCUGCCCAUACCCAUGUCAUCCCUUUGAACAUCACAGGAUCAACUGCACGCAGAAAUGCUCCAGGCGCCUUGAGACUUGUGGUCAUCCUUGUAUCGCGGAGUGUUGCGACCCGUGCAAGUGUCAUGUGUGCGACCGUCGCAGUGGUGGCGUCAAAUCGACUUUGAAACCAGUAAACGGGGCGGCACCGUUUCGCGGAGCCCGGCCAAACACGCAAAGCUUGAUGCUCGAAGACACGUUACCCGGCCCUGGAUCCUCUAAACGUGGUGUCCAGACCUAUGCGCCCACUCAACGCAUGACGACCCCGGGUCUAUCAGAUUGCACUACGGUACAGUGGGAUGUCUACGCUAAUGGCGGUGGUGUACAGGAAGACGAUGCACGUGCAUACGCGAAGAUGCAGGUGGAAGCCCUAUACUAUGCACAUCGAACAUCUACUCCUGGGACCGAGACUACAGGCGGCAAGCUGAUUGAGCUGUUGCCAGAGAAGGACGCAACUGUUUCCAAAAACAUGGGCUUGCUUCUUGAUCUUGACGUCGAACCAUUGGUCCCAGAGAGUCAUCCCCAAACGCCGCGGUCAUAUGCAAAUGCUGCGAAGCCCUACGUCAACCUUUUGGAUUGAAUGACUAUACGCAACAAUGGAGUUUUGGCGUGAUCAGUGCGUUCGUGCUUGAAGUGUACCGGUGGAUAGUUAUGUGCAAUCAUAUCGACGUGAACUAGGAGAACAUGCAUCGAUACAGGGCAUUGGUAGAAGGUAUGCAUAGCAACUCUAGCGCAAAGGACUCGUGUCCGGGGUAUAUA